AUGCUGUCCCAUUUCCUGCGCCAACGGCCCCUGGCCAGCCUGGGCAGCCUCUCUAGAGCUUUCCUCAAUGCUACACAAAUUGGUCGCUCCCUCUCAACAACGCCGUGCCGCCGCGCCGCCGACGAGCACUCGUACAACAAAAUCUCGGGCACCAUCACGCAGCCCAAGUCCCAGGGCGCGUCCCAGGCCAUGCUCUACGCGACCGGCCUGUCCGAGGCCGACAUGAACAAGGCGCAGGUCGGCAUCUCGUCGGUCUGGUUCGAGGGCAACCCGUGCAACAUGCACCUCCUCGACCUCUCCCAGGCGGUGCGCGACUCGGUCCGGAAGGCCGGCUUCAUCCCCUACCGCUUCAACACGAUUGGCGUCAGCGACGGCAUCUCCAUGGGCACCACGGGCAUGCGCUUCUCCCUGCAGUCGCGCGAGAUCAUUGCCGACUCCAUUGAGACCGUCAUGAGCGGCCAGUGGUACGACGCCAACGUCAGCCUGCCCGGCUGCGACAAGAACAUGCCCGGCGUCGCCAUCGCCAUGGGCCGCGUCAACCGCCCGAGCAUCAUGGUCUACGGCGGCAGCAUCAAGCCCGGGUGCACCAAGGCCGGCGCCCCCAUCGACAUUGUCUCGGCCUUUCAGGCCUACGGCCAGUACAUCAGCGGCGAGAUCACCGAGGAGGAGCGCUUCGACAUUGUGCGCCACGCGUGUCCCGGCCAGGGCGCCUGCGGCGGCAUGUACACGGCCAACACCAUGGCCACGGCCAUUGAGACCAUGGGCCUGACGCUGCCCGGCAGCAGCAGCAACCUGGCCGACAGCCCCGAGAAGAUGGCCGAGUGCGCGAGCGUCGGCGAGGCCAUCAAGAACCUGCUCCGCGAGGACAUUCGCCCCCGCGACAUCAUCACCCGCCAGGCGCUCGAAAACGCCAUGGUCGUCAUCACCGUCCUCGGCGGCAGCACAAACGCCGUGCUGCACCUGCUCGCCAUUGCCGACGCCGCCGGCGUCAAGCUCACCAUUGACGACUUCCAGAGCGUGUCGGACCGCGUCCCCUUCCUCGCCGACCUCAAGCCCUCGGGCAAGUACGUCAUGGCCGACCUCCAGGCCAUGGGCGGCACGCCCGCCCUGCUCAAGUACCUCAUCAACGAGGGCCUCGUUGACGGCUCCGGCAUCACCGUCACGGGCAAGACCAUGAAGGAGAAUGUCAAAAACGCCAGCGAUUUCCCCGCCGACCAGGACAUCAUCCGGCCGCUCAGCAACCCCAUCAAGCCCACCGGCCACAUCCAGAUCCUGCGCGGCUCCCUGGCCCCCGGCGGCUCCGUCGGCAAGAUCACGGGCAAGGAGGGCCUCCGCUUCGAGGGCAAGGCGCGCGUCUACGACAGCGAGCCGGACAUGAUUGCCGCUCUCGAGCGGGGCGAGAUCAAAAAGGGCGAGAAAACCGUCGUCAUCAUCCGCUACGACGGGCCCAAGGGCGGGCCCGGCAUGCCCGAGAUGCUCAAGCCGUCGUCGGCCAUCAUGGGCGCCGGCCUCGGCCAGGACGUGGCGCUGCUCACCGACGGCCGCUACUCGGGCGGCUCGCACGGCUUCAUCAUCGGCCACAUUGUGCCCGAGGCGAUUGACGGCGGGCCCAUUGCGCUCGUGCACGACGGCGACCACAUCGUUAUUGACGCCGAGAAGCGCGUCAUCGACCUCGAGGUGCCCGAGGAGGAAAUGGCGGCGCGCAGAAAGGCAUGGAAGGCGCCGCCGCCGCGCUACACCCGCGGAACGCUCGUCAAGUACGCCCGUCUCGUCACGGACGCGUCCAGUGGCUGCGUGACUGAUAAGCCUCUAUGA